GACGCGGAAAAGGAUAUGCUCCUGUCGACGGCCGAGUCUUCGGCCUACUCGGCGCAGGAGGUUGCAGCUCGGCUUCGAGUCGACGUCCGGACUGGGCUGCGAUGGUCAGAGGCCAACAGCCGCUCGAAGAUCGUCGGCUACAACGAGCUCAACGCGCUGGACGAUGAGCCACCCUGGAUGAAAUAUGUGCAGCAGUUCAAAAACCCUCUCAUUCUUCUGCUGCUGGGGUCCGCCCUCGUGAGUGCCUGCAUGAGACAGUUCGAUGACGCGAUCAGCAUCACCAUAGCGAUCAUAAUCGUCGUGACGGUGGCAUUCAUCCAGGAGUACCGCUCGGAAAAGAGUCUCGAAGAGCUCAAGAAGCUUGUACCACCGGAAUGUCACUGCCUACGAGAAGGAAGGCUAGAGACGUUCCUGGCCAGAAACCUUGUGCCGGGCGAUAUCGUUUACCUGAACGUGGGUGACCGCGUGCCGGCCGACAUUCGCAUCUUCGAGGCGUUCGAUUUGUCGAUCGACGAGUCGAGCUUUACCGGUGAAACGGAACCGGCGCGCAAAAGCGUCGAGGUGGUGCUGAACGCCAACAACACCAAGAAUCACGCCAGCAUGAAAAACAUUGCCUUCAUGGGCACGCUAGUUAGGUGCGGUAAUGGAAAGGGUAUCGUAGUUAGUACGGCCGAAAACAGCGAAUUCGGGGAGGUCUUCAAGAUGAUGCAAGCUGAGGAGGCACCGAAAACGCCAAUGCAAAAAUCGAUGGACAUUCUUGGCGCGCAGCUGAGCUUCUACUCCUUCUGUAUCAUCGGCGCCAUCAUGCUGCUUGGUUGGAUACAGGCCAAACCGCUGGUCGAGAUGUUCACCAUCAGCGUCAGCUUGGCCGUGGCCGCCAUUCCAGAGGGUCUCCCAAUAGUCGUGACAGUCACACUAGCCCUGGGAGUGAUGCGUAUGGCCAAGCGCCACUGCAUCGUAAAGAAGCUACCGACUGUCGAGACGCUCGGGUGCGUCACCGUCAUUUGCUCGGACAAAACCGGUACGAUCACGAAAAACGAAAUGACCGUAACCGUCAUCAUAACGUCCGACGGUUACAUGGCGGACGUGACCGGCGCCGGCUAUAAUGACAACGGCGAAAUCCACAUCCGGGACUGCAACAGCAUGGACAAUGCGAAGACGAGCAUCAACCAGCUGCUGGAAGCGGGCGUUGUGUGCAACAAUGCGAUCAUCCAAAAUGACACGUUACUCGGACAACCGACCGAGGGUGCGCUGCUGGCGGCGGCUAUGAAAAACGGCCAGUACUCGGCUGCCGACAACUUUCUGCGCAUCCAGGAGUACCCGUUUAGCUCCGAGCAGAAGAUGAUGGCCGUGAAAGCGGUGCCAAAGUACACCAACACCAAGGAAGAGAUCUACUUCGUGAAGGGCGCCAUCGAGAUGGUGUUGCCCCAGUGCACGAAGUUCUGGUACGGUGGGCAGCCGAUCACGCUCAGCAAGCAGAACGAAGCGGAAUUCCUGCAGGAAGCGUACGAGAUCGGACGCAAGGGUUUGCGCGUGCUUGCAAUUGCGCGCGGAUCGUCCUUCCAGGAUCUCGUGUAUCUCGGGCUUGUCGGUAUAACCGACCCGCCGAGACCGCUGGUACGCGAAUCAAUCGAAAUGCUGCGCUCGAGCGGUGUGCUCGUUAAGAUGGUUACCGGAGACUCGCAAGAAACAGCCAUGGCCAUUGCUGCUAAAAUUGGACUAGACAUCGUACAUAUGCAGGCCAUGUCCGGUCACGAUAUCGACCAGAUGAACGAGAUGCAGUUGGAAAAGAUGAUCAACACAGUCAGCGUGUUCUAUCGUGUCACUCCGAAGCAUAAGCUUGCGAUUGUUAAGGCCCUCCAGCAGAACGGCCACAUCGUAGGCAUGACGGGCGAUGGUGUAAACGAUGGUGUGGCAUUGAAACGCGCCGAUAUUGGUAUCGCAAUGGGCAAGAACGGAACCGAUGUGUGCAAGGAAGCUGCCGACAUGAUCCUGGUAGAUGAUGACUUCCACACGAUCAUUGCUGCAAUCGAGGAGGGCAAGGGCAUCUUUUGGAACAUUCGAAACUUUGUGCGUUUCCAGCUGAGUACGUCUAUAGCGGCCCUCUCACUGAUCGCGCUGUCUACGUUGAUGGGUAUUUCAAACCCACUGAAUGCGAUGCAAAUUCUAUGGAUUAACAUCAUCAUGGAUGGACCACCAGCCCAAUCUCUCGGUGUCGAGCCGGUCGAUCAAGAUGUGCUGAAACAGAAACCACGCAACGUUAAGCAACCAAUGAUCUCGAAAUCACUCAUCAUCAACGUGCUUCUGUCAGCUGGCAUUAUUAUUCUUGGUACGCUCUGGGUGUUCCAGCGUGAGAUGGCCGACGGAACGGGAGUAACCAGCCGCGACACGACCAUGACUUUUACCUGUUUCGUGAUAUUCGACAUGUGGAACGCAUUGAGCUGUCGAUCGCAAACGAAGAGUGUAUUUCAGAUUGGUCUUUUCACAAAUCGGAUGUUCCUGCUAGCGGUCGCGUUUUCGCUGCUUGGCCAGCUGCUGGUCAUCUAUUUCCCCCCGCUGCAGAUGGUGUUCCAAACGGAGGCCCUCUCGGCAAUGGAUCUACUCUUUCUCGUGUCGCUCACGUCGAGCGUCUUCAUCGUGUCCGAGCUAAAGAAGUGGUUCGAGCGCACCAUGGAGCGACGAAUGUACCGCAAGCGCCCCGAGCUCGACUUCGUAUGACAAACAGCUCCCAAAGAUGCUGGAAGAUUGCACAAGGACUAAACAGUGAAGGACAAAAUAAAUCGAAAAACUGUAAUCGACCGAGAGAGCGAGCGGCCACCGAAUGUUGGAUGAUCGUAUGACCCUUACGCAUCGUUCGAUUACCAUCACCGGAUCAUCCGGAUAGCAGCUGAGACCAUCUCUCGCGCCUUUCGUUUCGGAAGGAUUUUCGGUUGCGGUUGCGGCUGCUACUACUGAGUAACAACACCACCACUACCACCGAAGAUAAUAACCAAUAGACGACAGCAGGUACACAGAACGACGACGAAUGACGAUCGACGACAAAUUUCUCACGACGUGAGGGCAGGAAUCUAGACGAGGAGAGCUUGUAAACUUUAUUUUUUUCCAUUUAUGGAUCGGAACUUGAAUCAUUAUCAUAAGCGGGAAAAACACUGAGAUACAUGAAACAAAAUUCCAAACUAAGCGAACAACCGAAUCCCAACUACCGCACUACCGAAGUAGAUGCCAUGUUCCGGCAAUCCCGCCACUGCACGGUAUCCUAAUCUAAAUCUUAACAUCUAUUGACUGACCAUUCUAUUGGAUUGAUUUAUAGAUAGUACCCAAUUUAAACUCCGGUGCGUGUUUGGAACAAGGGGGAAAAUAUGAAACUAAAUCAAGGAGGAGAACUUCAGUAAGGCUAUUAUAGAAGUAAAGAAGCAAUGGGAACAAACCGAGAAAAAGCUAUACUACAUGGGGUACAUAGCUUGUCGACACAGUUUUGCUAGUAAUAUCCGGUUAUACAAGAAAUUACCGAGCCGUGCGCUUAAAAGAUACGCAAUCCUACCUAACCGUAUUACGGAACAUUCUCACAAAAAGAACAUUCAAUGAACACAUAGAACACAUCUAUUAUAACCUCAUUGUUCACGUGUCAAGAUACAUUACGUGUUAUCAGAGGGACUCAGUACCAAUGCACUGGUUUUAUGACUUAAACUUUUCGUUUUUUUAGUUUGACCUCCACUCAAUCGUCUGGGGUUGGAAAAAGUGAAAAUUCUUUACGUCAGGCUUAAACUUAUGCUCAAACAAUCUCGCUGUAUGUAGGAACUAUUGUGUGUGCCUUUUUGUUAAACUAGCUUAAAUUAAGAUGAACGUUUCCGUUUUGUUUUCAACUACUUGACUCCGCUGUCAACGCGGUCGUUUGCGGUUUCUCUUCAUCCUUAGAUUAUAUUUAUCAAAUUGUGCGUGAGAAUGAGUGGACACAGUUUAAGGCUAGUAAGUAGGACGGAAAAAUAUGACUGGAAUGAAGUAAACUCGAGGAAGCAGUAACGAGCGAUAAGAAUGAACGGUACACAAUCAGGUUUAUUAGUAAGCUAUUGUUCGUUUAAGUAUUAUUUAGCAAAAGGAAGAAGGAUAAAACUUUUCAAUUAUUUGAAACGUGCAGUCCGUGGAAAGAACUACGGUGGCGCAGAUUGCAGCUAAACAAAAGAGGAGCGCUUGGUGGCUGUGCAUUCACUGACACAAAACGGUACUAUAAAGAUAAAUUAUC